AUGAGUUCCGGCAAACUUUGGCAAGUGGUCGUUGCUCUUUUGGCAAUUCUCCUUUUGGCCGAGGCAAUCCCAAUGGUUUCGCGAAGCGACGAAGCUGAUCAGCUUAUCCAGAAAAGACUAUCGAAUGAUGCGCUGAUUCGUCUUCUUAUGAGGUGUGUCCGGCGUGUCCGAUCUUUGCGAAAUAGUUAUGUUUUCUCAGUAUCUUGUUGUUCAAACGGGGUGUGAUCUAUGAGAAACGGGGGACAGUAGUCAUCUCGAGAUUCAUUCCAUCAAAGGAUGUUUGAAAUGCGCUUAUAGUCUGGAAUCAUUUUGAAAAUCAAAAUCACAACAGAAUGAUGUUUGAAAAUGCAAAGUUGCAGAAACCGCGGAGCCCAGGCUCAACUGGGACUGAAGCGGGGACUCGUCAAAAAGUCGGAUCUGGAACGUCGCAGCAUCGACGAAGACUUCUCCAACUGUUUCCUGUCUCCAGUCCAGUGCAUGCUGCCCUCCUCCAGGAAGUAA